AAAUAUUUGAACCGAAGUGAAAGGUGAUUUUGAUAAUAAAAUAUUGUAUCGAUAAAAUCUUACCAUUAAGCGCAUUGAAAGAGUAUAUUUACAAAAAAUUUCAAUUUGAAUUUUUAAAAACUGUGAAAAUCCAGAUUCAAGACGAAAAAGAAUGGCCAGAGUCGAUUGGAAAUCUUUUGUGUUGACGGUUCUUAUUGUGCUAGUUGGCCAAACUGUUGCUCAAACAAGCGAUGUGGUUGGCAAAAUGUCGAUAGGAUAUCAAGGAUGGUUCGCCACUCCUUUUGAUGGUUCGCCGAGGAAGAGCUGGGUUCAUUGGACGAUAAAUGCCGGAAAUGGAUCAAUUCCCCCAAGUCCGGGCAAUUGCAAAUUCGAGGUGUAUCCGGAUAUGCGAGAGUAUACACAACGCUAUCAAACGGGCCUGGCUAGUCUAGGCAAUGGGCAACCAGCGAAUUUGUUCAGUUCCUGGGAUCAAUCGACCGUAAAUAUCCAUUUCAGUUGGAUGCAAACAUAUGGCAUUGAGACAGUGUCUUUUCAGCGUUUCGGCAGUGACCUCAAAUUUCCAUUAGCUCGUGAUCAAAUGAACGGCGUUGCUGGUAAUGUACAACGUGCGGCUGAAAGAUAUGGCCGAAAAGUGUUUAUCCAGUACGAUUUAUCAAAUUGGGCCAAUUUCUCAACGGAGCUUAUUCCCGAUCUUAAUACCAUGACAAUCCUCACCGCAUCACCCGCGUAUGCACGUCACAAUGGCAAACGUGUCAUCUGCGUAUGGGGAAUGGGCUUCGGUGAGCCCGGUGGCAACAGACCGAAUAAUCCGACUGGGUCGUUGAAUGUAAUCAAUCAAUUAAAGUCAAUGGGUUAUUAUAUCAUAAUAGGUGUACCGUAUACAUGGAGAACAAACGAUGGAAUUUCCUUACCCGCUUAUGCACCAGUUUAUCGUGCCACCAAUAUGAUUCAGCCCUGGAGUGUUGGUACAUUCAAUAGUAUACCAACAGCUUUGGCUUAUAAGUCGAGAGAGCAAGGUGAUGUUCAAGAAUGCAAUCGCCUUGGCAUCGACUAUCAGCCGGUCAUUUGGCCAGGUUUUGCAUGGUCAAAUUGGAACGGUCCACCCAGAAAUGCAAUUCCACGCUUAAAUGGAACAUUUAUGUGGCGUCAAUUCAUGAAUUGUCAAGAGUCGAAUAUUACAUCCGUCUUUGUUGCCAUGUUUGAUGAAUACGACGAGGGAACUGCUAUCGCCAAAGCCGCUGAAGACGCAUCAAUGAUACCGACAAAUCAAUACUUUCUGCCAUUGAAUGCCGAUGGUGGAAAUCUUUCAUCUGACUUCUAUUUGCGGCUGGUCGGUGAUGGUAUGAAAUUGCUGAGAAAGCAAAUUACUACAUCACCAAAUCCACCAUAUACACCACCAACACCUCAACGAACAUCACCAAAUAAUCCAGCUAAUAACAAUCGAGCAGAUAGGUUUCAACCAUUCAUAGAUAUGAUGGAUCAGAUGACACCAUCGCGUCUUAUGUCUUUGUUUUCUACAUGGCUUACAAUGUUGGGUCUAUGAUAACCGUAUAAUUAUGUGUUUCUUCUAUCGCUUUCUAUUCUGUUUUCUAUUCUGCUUUAUUCCUUAUUCAAUCUCUUUUCUUUUUUUCAACAUUUUUAUUAACUUUAUUUCAAUUUCUUCUUUUUUUUCAAUAAUUAUAACAUAAAGCAUAAUUUCUUUUUUGAUUUGUAUUUCAAGUCAACUACCUUUCAAAGUAAUAAACAAUGAAGAAUAUAAAAAA